AUGGUGUAUGACAUUUCUCCAGAGGAUUCCAUUCUCUGGAACCCAUCGAUGGCCAAAAAUGGCACGCUGAAUAACUCCUCAGGCAGCAGCAGUGCAACCGCAAGUGCAGAUGCUCAGCCGUCUUCGUACAACUAUCCUUGCACAAUCUCCCAAGGUACAUCUUAUUGUGUGGGUAUCUCAGCACCUACUUCUACCUCGGUACCUACUUCUUCGUCGACAUCCACCUCUACACCAGAACCCACUUCAACCUUCGGUUAG